AUGAGCGCUUUUCCGAUGAUGCGUGCCGUACCGCAGGCAUGCCGUGCCGCAUCAAUGGCCGAAGCUCGAGUCGGAUUGGGCAUGCGCAUGCCUCAACAGGUGCGAACAUACUAUGGCAAGCGGAUCGACCCACGCACGCGCUUCGAAGCGGCACAACGCAACAUGCGCCCCCGCAUUGCCACAGCUUCUGCGUCCAGCCCUGCUUCUACGAUGCGCAUGGGAUUGAUGCUGGGUGGUGGCUCGCUCAUCGCAGCAGCCGGAUUGAGCGCCUUCACUUCCGAAAACGUCCAGUGCGAAUCCGCUCGACCCUACGCUACCCCCUCCGCGCCCGUCAAUGUCUCGACCGCCGAGGACACCACCACCGUCUCGACCGAACCUCAAAGCAUCGUCAACGUCUACCAGCUCUCGUUCGGCACCAUCUGCGGUGUCUGUGCCGGCGUGUUUAUCAAGAAGGGUCUCAAGUUCAUCGCCUUCCUCCUCGGCGGCGGCUACAUUCUGCUUCAGUACCUCAACAGCCAGAGACUUAUCUCGGUCAAUUGGUCGGCGAUUAACUCGCGCUACGACAAGCUUGUGGGCAGUGCCGCUGGGCCUGAGACGUCGAGCAAUGUGCGCGGCUUCUCGGGCAGCACGCUGCAGCGCAUUUGGAACCGAACCACCGACUUCCUCGUGGCCGACUUCCAGCCGCGUGCAACGUUCAUGGCAGGUCUUCUUCUCGGCCUGCGCCUCGGUUGA